GAGGAGGCGGCGGAGCUGCCGCAGGGCUCGCCGGAGCCGAGGCGCGGCCGCCCUUGCGCGGGGUAUGAAGUUGCGCCGGCAGCGGAGCGGGGCGGCCGGCCCCGGUGGUGGUGGUGGUGGCGGUGGCGGUGGUGGCGUUGUCAUCUCCUCCUCCUCCUCCUCCUCGGUGGGGCCGUAGCUCGGCGCUUUCUCCUCACCAAAACCCCCCUCCGCUCCUCGCCGCGGCCAGGCCGGGGCUCCCUGCGGGCGGCGUUGGGGAUGCGGGCGCAGCGGCGGGCACCUGCCGGUCCCCUCCACUAGCCCUAGAGGGGCUGGCGGUGCCCCUCGGGAAGUUUGAUGGCUUCUUUGAGGAGGGUCAAAGUCCUGCUGGUGUUAAACUUGAUCGCCGUGGCCGGUUUCGUCCUCUUCCUGGCCAAGUGCAGACCCAUCACGGCCAAGAGCGGCGACUCCUUCCAUGACAUCCAUCCCAGGGCAGAAGUGGCCAACUUGACAGCCCACGGCAUCAGCUCCAUCCAGGAUGCGGUGCUGAAGAGACUCUCCCUCCUAGAAGAUAUCGUCUACCGGCAGCUGAACGGUCUGUCCAAGUCACUUGGUCUCAUUGAAGGCUAUGGUGGACGUGGUAAAGGGGGGCUUCCAGCCACCCUGUCCCCUGAGGAGGAGGAGAAGGCGAAGGGACCCCAUGAAAAAUAUGGCUACAACUCCUACCUCAGUGAGAAGAUUUCACUGGAUCGUUCCAUACCAGAUUAUCGUCCAACCAAGUGCAAAGAGCUGAAAUACGGCAAGGACCUGCCCCAGAUCUCCAUCAUCUUCAUCUUUGUGAACGAAGCGCUCUCCGUGAUCCUGCGCUCGGUGCACAGCGCGGUGAACCAUACGCCAGCUCACCUCCUGAAGGAGAUCAUCCUCGUGGAUGACAACAGUGAUGAAGAGGAACUGAAGGCGCCGCUGGAAGAAUAUGUCAAUAAGCGAUACCCGGGGCUGGUGAAGGUGGUGCGCAACCAGAAGAGGGAAGGCCUCAUCCGAGCUCGUAUUGAAGGCUGGAAAGCUGCCACCGGCCAGAUCACUGGAUUUUUUGAUGCCCAUGUGGAGUUCACUGCUGGCUGGGCUGAGCCGGUGCUUUCACGAAUUCAGGAGAAUCGGAGGAGGGUCAUUCUUCCCUCCAUAGACAACAUCAAGCAGGACAACUUCGAGGUGCAGCGCUACGAGAACUCUGCCCAUGGGUACAGCUGGGAGCUGUGGUGCAUGUACAUCAGCCCCCCCAAGGACUGGUGGGAUGCUGGGGACCCCUCUCUGCCCAUCAGGACGCCGGCGAUGAUCGGUUGCUCAUUCGUUGUGCACAGAAAGUUCUUUGGAGAGAUUGGGCUUCUGGAUCCGGGGAUGGAUGUGUACGGAGGGGAGAACAUUGAGCUCGGCAUCAAGGUGUGGCUGUGUGGUGGCAGCAUGGAGGUCCUGCCCUGCUCCAGGGUGGCUCACAUCGAGCGCAAGAAGAAGCCCUACAACAACAACAUCGGUUUCUACACCAAGCGCAACGCUCUGCGGGUGGCCGAGGUGUGGAUGGACGACUACAAAUCGCACGUCUACAUCGCGUGGAACCUGCCGCUGGAGAAUCCAGGUAUUGACAUUGGGGAUGUUUCUGAGAGAAAAGCGUUAAGGAAGAGCUUGAAGUGUAAAAAUUUCCAGUGGUACCUGGACCACGUUUAUCCGGAAAUGAGAAGAUACAACAACACCAUCGCUUAUGGCGAGCUUCGAAACAACAAGGCGAAAGACGUCUGCCUUGACCAGGGCCCGCAGGAGAACCACACAGCAAUACUGUACCCGUGCCACGGCUGGGGACCCCAGCUUGCUCGCUACACCAAGGAGGGCUUCCUUCACCUCGGCGCCCUCGGGACCACGACUCUCCUACCUGAUACCCGCUGCCUGGUGGACAACGUGAAAAGCCGCUUCCCUCAGCUCCUCGACUGCGAGAAGGUCAAGAGCAGCCUCCAUAAGCGGUGGAAUUUCAUACAGAACGGUGCCAUCCUGAACAAGGGAACGGGACGAUGCUUGGAAGUGGAGAACAGGGGAAUGGCCGGCAUCGAUCUGAUUCUUCGCAGCUGCACAGGACAAAGGUGGACGAUUAAAAAUUUCAUCAAGUAAAGGGUGGAAGAGUCAGAGGAGUUUGGCUCGAAACGCAGCUGACUUGGACUAAUCACACUGGACUCCUUUGGAACGGACGAAAUAUCAAAACAGAGCUUUAUUCAUGUUAUUAGGAGAGGACAUGGGGGAAAUGGGCAUUUGUGUCUUUUUAUUUUUCUGUAUAUUAGUCUCCCACAGCUGAUUCCAACUGUGUGAAAUUGGGUCAGAACUGCUAUUUUCUUCUGGCAAGCACUCUAAAAGGUACCACUUAUUUCUGCUGGAAUGACUGUAAUAAGCUCAUGCAGACUUUUGAGCAUUUUACUGACAGGGAAUUGUUGCUUUCCCAGACAACUUCGAGCUCUCCCAAAGGGCUGGGUAGGUUUGUACCGCGGUCGGAGUCGAGAGACCCUGGAUGUUCCUGCCUGGCAGCAUGAAAACUUACAUGCAUGUGAGAGGAGAAAGUUGCCAAGCCCCGGACAAACUGAGGUUGAAAGAUGUGGUGUUUUGCUUGGUCCUCUCUGUCUUUCCUCUUUCUGGCCCCUGCACCUGGCAGCCCUGUCCUUGAGUCUGGGAGAGGUAAACCUCAACCUGGUAGCUCCCAUGGAUCUUUCCAACCUUUAAUCACAGAUGUCGUCAAACAAGUUACAUUGAAAAACCACACUGAUCUCCCAUUGCCCCCUUUCCAUUGCCCACAGGCUCCUGUUGGCCAAGCCAGCCCCGGGAAACACCAGUCCCUCCCAUGGAGACCCCAAAUGGGUUCCUUUUGGAAAAGACCUUGGGUGUCUACCUGCCUGUUUGGGCAGUUGCCUAUUCUUUUGGGUGUCAGUUGGACUCACACAUGGGGAGUAAAGUUUGGAGGGUGCUUCCUACCCUGUGGGAGCCUGGUGAGCUGCAGAUCCACCUUGCCCUCCCAGCUGGGCCUGGCACUGUCUUCUUGGAGACCCACCUUUAUGCUGCUUUUGCUCUCUUCUUGUAGAAGUGAGGGUGGAUGUGCCAGUGUGUGCAACAGGCUGGGAGCAGGUAAUGCGAGAGAAUGUCCCACUUGGCUUGCCUCCCAUGAAGUCUACAGGGUUUGUUUUUAAGGCAUCCUUGCUCUGAACGAAGACAUCAGGAAUGGUAGUCUCCAUAACUUUGUAGUGGUGGUCUCUUCUUGAGGCUCGAACCUGUCCUGCCUGGUCAGAGUGUGACUGUGGUCAAGGUCCACCCCAAACAGUGUGUGUUGCUGCAGACCUUCAUGAGCUGUGGUGAAUUAAGAAAGGGAAAGGGAGAGGAAGAGACCAAUAAAUGGCAGUUUGGCUGAGAUUCUUGACCUUGAAGUCACGUGAGGCUUUUAAUAUGGUGGGGUGGUCUCACCUGCUUUUUUUUUGGCCCACAGCUACCAAAUCUACCCAGUCGUCAUGGGAGACCGUUGGUUUGGGGUCCCAAUGUCUGGAAAAGGGAAAUGUGAUCUUGCAAAGUUGCUUUACAUGGAUGCCAGACUAAUGGGUGGAUACAGACUUCACCCAGCAGAGAGGAGAAGCCAACCCAUCUCCUGUCCUUCUCAUGGAAUAAAACUCUUUCUGGUUGCCCUCUGGCUAGGGUGCACUAAAAUAUAUUAAUAUAUGAGAUGUAUGUGUAAAUAUGUUUCCCAAAGACGGGAUGUGCACAGAGUUGUUUGCUGCAGAGCACUCAUGCCUGUCUUCCAUUUGCAUCAGGAUGAAGCUACCUGGAUGUUUAAUGAGUUUAAUUUUCAAUGCCAUGCAGCAGCUUUAUAACUGAUGUUUUAGUAAUUUAUUGAACAGAAGCAGAUAUAUUUCAUUGUUCCUUCUACAGCCAUAAGCAUCACAUAGGACUGAUUGUUCAUUUAGGCUUGACAAGGCUUCCUCAUCCACUGGGGUUAUCUCUGAUUUUUUUUUCCCUUGCCUUCCUUAAUGAAGUAAAACUUCUUAGUUGUCCUGAAUUGCAAAGUAGGGAGUCAAUGUAGAAUUUUGCUCUCUUAUUCGCUGUUGCAUCAUCUCUUGUGUAAUAAAUUUUAGCACUUACAAAACCAACACGAUCACAA